AGUUUUAAUGAUUGACCGUUCGUGGGUGUGAAUUUCGCAAGGUUUAGCUGAAAUGGCCGAAUCAAAACCAGGAUUGAGGAAACCUGUAUUCACCAAGGUUGCCCAGCUCCGCCCAAGCACCUCAGGGCACACUCUCACGGUAAAGGUUGUUAAUACUAAGAUGGUAUUACAGAAGGGUCGUGCUGAUGCCCCUCAAGUACGCCAAAUGCGAAUUGCUGAAUGCUUGGUUGGCGAUGAAACUGGAUUGAUUAUCUUUACAGCUAGAAAUGAUCAAGUGGAUUUGGUGAAAGAGGGCUCUACCCUAACCCUGCGUAAUGCCAAAAUUGACAUGUUCAAAGGAUCGAUGAGACUUGCUGUGGACAGGUGGGGCCGUGUUGAAGUUGCUGAACCUGCUAGUUUUACAGUGAAAGAAGAUAACAACCUCUCACUCAUUGAAUAUGAACUUGUCAAUGUUGAAGAGUGACUUUUCUGGACAGAGUUCAGUUGCGUACCUGUCUGAACCCAAAAAAAUAAAAACAAAAUCGAAGAAGUUCUGUUGUUAUAUGGGGCAUCUAAUCUCCAAAAUGUUCUUGAAAGUUCCACAUUUAGGAAGAAGAAAUCUUGAAGCCAGUACUACCUAAGUCUUCUCUUAACUUUGCAGCCAAUCUUGAUGGAGCUUUGGUUGGACGGCCAAAUAGAUGGUGAUGGCUGUAAGUUUAUGAAGAUGAGGGAACUGGCUUUCUCUGUUUACUAUCUACUUGUUUUUGGAAAGUACAUAUGGGAUUUAUGUUAUGAAAUAUGUCUAAUACUUUUUCUAACUCAGUAUGAGUUUCCUACGUUAUUUCUUCCAUUUUAAUUUUCCUUUGAUGUCAACUGAUAAGUCUAAAUAUGUGUAUCUGGAAAUGCUUUGGUAUUUUUGAGAAAGUUCUUUAAGACAUCAGUAUUUGUGGACAAGUUAAACAGAGAUCAAGGAAGUGGUGAUAAGCAAA